CGCCGCCCUCCCAUUCAGCAGUUGUUGCAUCGACCCCGUUGGGUACAACACGCGACGCAGAAACACCGUUUUUAAAAAGACUUUUUUCUUCACAUUUUCUCCUCCUCCUCUUCCUCUUUGAUCUUAAACAUGCGCGAGUGUAUUUCCAUCCACGUUGGUCAGGCCGGUGUCCAGAUUGGCAAUGCCUGCUGGGAGCUUUACUGCCUGGAACAUGGGAUCCAGCCGGACGGACAGAUGCCCAGCGACAAGACACUCGGAGGCGGAGAUGAUUCCUUCAACACCUUCUUCAGUGAGACUGGAGCUGGAAAGCACGUCCCCAGGGCUGUUUUUGUGGACCUGGAGCCCACUGUCAUCGAUGAGGUGCGCACUGGGACCUACCGCCAGCUUUUCCACCCUGAGCAGCUGAUCACUGGUAAGGAGGAUGCUGCCAACAACUACGCCCGUGGACACUACACCAUCGGCAAAGAGAUCAUCGACCUGGUGCUGGACAGGAUCCGCAAACUGGCUGACCAGUGCACUGGCCUUCAGGGCUUCCUGGUCUUCCACAGCUUCGGAGGUGGCACCGGCUCUGGUUUCACCUCCCUGCUGAUGGAGCGUCUGUCUGUCGACUACGGCAAGAAGUCCAAGCUGGAGUUCUCCAUCUACCCAGCUCCCCAGGUGUCCACCGCUGUGGUGGAGCCCUACAACUCCAUCCUGACCACCCACACCACCCUGGAGCACUCUGACUGUGCCUUCAUGGUAGAUAACGAGGCCAUCUACGAUAUCUGCCGUAGGAACCUCGAUAUCGAGCGUCCUACUUACACCAACCUGAACAGGUUGAUCAGUCAGAUCGUGUCCUCCAUCACUGCUUCCCUUCGUUUCGAUGGUGCUCUCAAUGUUGAUCUGACAGAGUUCCAGACCAACUUGGUGCCAUAUCCCCGUAUCCACUUCCCUCUGGCCACCUAUGCCCCUGUCAUCUCCGCUGAGAAGGCUUACCAUGAGCAGCUCUCAGUGGCUGAGAUCACUAACGCCUGCUUCGAGCCAGCCAAUCAGAUGGUGAAAUGUGACCCUCGCCACGGCAAAUACAUGGCUUGCUGCCUGCUUUUCCGUGGUGAUGUGGUGCCCAAAGAUGUCAAUGCUGCCAUCGCCACCAUCAAAACCAAACGCACCAUCCAGUUUGUGGACUGGUGUCCCACUGGUUUCAAGGUUGGCAUCAACUACCAGCCACCCACUGUGGUUCCUGGUGGAGACCUGGCCAAGGUCCAGAGGGCCGUGUGCAUGCUGAGCAACACCACUGCUAUUGCAGAGGCCUGGGCUCGGCUCGACCACAAGUUUGACCUGAUGUACGCUAAGCGUGCCUUUGUUCACUGGUAUGUAGGUGAGGGUAUGGAGGAGGGAGAGUUCUCUGAGGCCAGAGAGGACAUGGCAGCUCUGGAGAAGGAUUACGAGGAGGUUGGAGCUGAUAGUCUGGGAGACGAGGAGGAAGAAGGAGAGGAAUAUUAAACGGGCGUCCAUGCCUUUUGUGCUGCUCUCUGAUCUGUGCCUUGUUAUAAAAAUAAAAUGUGUUCAUUGGCUGCAGACAGAGUUGUAAUGAUGUGCAGUACAGAUUGUUCUGUAGUUUCAAUCUUGGGCAGUUUCAAGUGUUCAGUGAUUCAGUUUUUAGUGAUGAAGGUUACUCUGCUCACACUAAACUCUCAAGCCUCUGCUGCGCUCACUUUAGUCUCUUGGGGGCAGUGUUGUUCGUCAGACGUUUGAACUUUACACAUGCUGAAGUUACAAACUGCUGUUGCAGGUCAAGAGUUCAGUUUGUUCAAUACCUUGUUCACAACGUUUAUUUACUGUUUGUGCUUUACAUGAGACUUGUAACCUAACCUGGUUGAGGAAGGAGAGAAGGUAAAAGUAAUAAAUUCAGCAAAGGCACUCUUGGAUGGAAGCUUGAAAAAAAUAAACUGUUUUACCACAGUAUGUUGUUGAUGGCCUGUUAAUAAACUGCAUUAUUUAAAAGUU